AUGGUUUUUAAUGCAAUCAAUUUUCUAUUAAUAAUUAAAGAAAAAUUUGAUGAUAUUGAAAAAUUACUAGUUCCAAAUAAACGAAUUACUUUGAGAAAAUGCAGAAAAAUCUAUCAAGAAAUGCUACAUGUUUGUCGACUAUUCAACAAACUAUUUGGUGGAUCUCUAUUUUUGAUAUUCUUCUAUUAUGGCUACAAUGCAAUUUUAUACACGACUACAAGCUACAUGAAGUAUAAGAGUGGUGAAAUCAAUGCCACAAUUUAUACGAUUUAUACCGUAGUUUUUCACGGAUGUGGAGUAUUUAUACCUCUUGUUGUUACUUUGUUUGGACAUCAUGCUAAUAAUCAAACCAAAAAGUUGCAAAAAACUUGUCUGUUAUUGCAGGAAAAUGUGCCCUUAGAUUCUGAACGAUAUUUGGAACUGCGAGAGUUUUACGAUCAAAUCGAACAUCAACAAGUCAAAUUUACUGCUGCAAGAUUUUUCGAUUUGGAACGUUCAACUGUUAUAGGUUAUUCGCAUGUUAUUAGUACGUAUUUUAUUACUUUCAUACAAUUUCUUAUUUUGUUAACAUAA